AUGGUACAAAACAUUCUAUUUAAUGUUGUUCAAAAACCUAUUGAGUUCAGGAACAAAUGCAGACAAACGCUUCUCCAUUGCUUGGUAAACGAGAGUCCUCAAAGAACUAUUGAAUUUCUUUUAUCGAUCGGAGCAGACAUCAACAUUGUUGACAACAAUGAUGAAACCGCGGCAACUUUGGCACUAGAAUGCUACGACUUCAAUGCAUUCAGCGAGUACAUAGAUAGGCUCACAACAGCUGGUUUACACGUGGAUCCCUUGAACGGUGACCUUGGCACGGAGAAACCAUCCUUUACUUUAAAGCUGUCGAACGAACUUGAGACAAUGAAAAAUUUCACCAUUAUCGAUUCGUUUUCCUUGCGCGACGUUCUCACGGAAAAUAUGGUGCGAAAAUUCGCCAAAAUGCCGGGGCGUCAACGGCGCGCCAUCCUCGAGUACAUUCAGGACAGCGAUUUGCGACAAAAGUACCCAGGUUGGCUGCCAGUAUUCAAAUUUCAACGCAGAAGAGCUCUGAAGAUGGAAAAAUUGUACGAAUCUGCUUUCAUUUCACUACAAGACCUGUUGGACUCAAGAUUACCUGAACUCUGUAUUAAGCCCAUUAUGAUUUAUUUGGCCGAGAAGGAUUGGAGGAAUCUGACUCUAGUUAAAAAAUAAAGACUCAACUUGUUUUGGCAAAACGUCUGU